AGGGGGAGGGGGCACUGUCAGUCUGUUUGGGCAAUGAAUGGGCUCUGUUGUUGGAUGAGGUUUGUGGGGAUCGCGGGGCCGUCAUUGGGAGGUCGGGGCAACACUGUCACCUUCACGCGGGAAGUUACAGCGACUUUGUAACGAUCGCUUUGUCCCUUUAAGUUACUUUGUAACGAUUUCCGGUCGACUUCAGUCCUUUUGUAACCAUUUUCUUGUGUUUUUUUAUUUAUCGGUUACUUUGUAGUCCUCUCGCGGUGACCACUCUGUAGCUGUUCAUUUCCAGCUCCGCGAUCGACCUCUCUGCAGUGUGGAGAUGUACCGUUGCCGCCCGGUGCCCUCCCCGGUGCCCUCCCCGGUGCCCCGCCCGGUGCCCCGCCUGGCUGCCCUGCUCGCUGCCCUGCUCGCUGCCUCGCUCUGCCAGGCCGGGCCCGAUGUCUUAAUUGACAGAUACUCGGUCCCCACCGACUGUCCGCGGGAAGUGCAAACCGGAGACUUCAUCCGCUAUCACUAUAACGGCAGUUUGGAGGAUGGAAAGACCUUCGACUCCAGCUACGACCGAGGCAGCACCUACAAUGUGCUGGUGGGGAAGGGGCGGCUGAUCCCAGGGAUGGACAAGGGCCUCCUGGGCAUGUGUGUGGGUGAGAGACGGCGAAUUGUCAUCCCCUCUCAGAUGGCCUACGGCAUCAAGGGAGUUGCUGACAUCAUCCCACCCAACUCCACCCUGUACUUUGAUGUGGUUUUGCACGAUGUCUGGAACGCCGAUGACAAAGUGCAGAGCAAGACCGUGUUCCGACCUGAGCCGUGCAGCCGAGUGGUGCAGAACACCGACUAUGUCCGAUACCAUUACAACGGCACCUUGCUUAAUGGGACCCUCUUCGACUCCAGUCACAAUAGGAUGAAGACCUAUGACACCUAUGUGGGGAUGAGUUUGCUGAUCAAAGGAAUGGAUGAAGGUCUCCUCAGCAUGUGUGUAGGAGAGAGGAGAGUCAUCACCAUUCCCCCAUUUCUGGCCUACGGGGAAGGUGGAUACGGCACGGAGAUCCCCCCACAGGCCAGUCUGGUCUUCCACACCCUGCUGGUGGACCUCCAUAACCCGUCUGAUACCGUAUCCAUCCAGAACCAGAAGGUGCCAGAGUCCUGCAGCCGUAAGACGGUAACUGGGGACUUCCUCCGCUAUCAUUACAACGGCAGCUUCUUAGACGGCACCUUCUUUGACUCCAGUUACUCUCGGAAUCACACUUACAACACCUACAUCGGGAUGGGCUACGUCAUCAGUGGGAUAGACCAGGGUUUGAUCGGAGUGUGCAUGGGAGAGAGACGGAGAGUUGUCAUCCCCCCACAUUUGGGUUAUGGAGAGAACGGUGUGGGCGACAAGAUUCCUGGCUCUGCCGUGCUGGUCUUCGAUGUUCACAUAAUCGAUUUCCACAACCCGAGUGACCAGGUGGAAAUCCAAACAUACUUCAAGCCAACUGAUUGCAACCGCACCAGCAAGCUGAACGACUUCAUCCAAUAUCAUUACAACGCCUCCCUCAUGGACGGCGAGGUGCUCUACACAUCGCGCGAACACGGGUCUCUCCAAAGCCUUGUCAUCGGCUCCUCCAAGAUGAUUGAAGGGUUAAACCAGGGAGUGCUGGAUAUGUGCAUCGGAGAGAAGCGGAUUAUAACUAUCCCACCGCAUCUGGCACACGGGGAGAAGGGAUUGGGAGACGUACCUGGCAGUGCCGUGCUCUUGUUUGAUGUUGAGCUGCUGGAUCUCAAGCCAGGGGUCCCGGACGGCUAUCUGUUCGUGUGGACCGAAGACGCUCCGAGCAACCUGCACGAGGAGCUGGACAAGGACAAGGACGGAGAGAUUGUGCUGGAUGAGUUUUCCAGCUAUAUAAAGGCUCAGGUGGCCAAUGGGAAGGGCCGCCUGUCGCCCACUGAAAGCCCCGACAAACUGAUCCAGGACAUGUUCAACAACCAGGACCGUAACAGUGACGGCAAGAUCAGCCCCAGCGAGCUCAAGCUGAAGGUCGACGAAGACAAGGAGAAGCUCCUGAAAGACGAACUGUAAACAACCCCCACAAACCAGAAACUCUUUCCAGAAGCUCAGACACCCAAUAUGUAUAUGUACAAUAGAUUGCUGAGGAUUGAAAUCUCUGUCGUGUGAAAUAGUUGUCGCAGCCCACGUCCCAUUUUGACGUCCUAAUUGCUUUGUGUUUAUCGUCUGUGUUCCUUCCUCCCUUUCUUCCUUUUUUCCCCUUCAGUUAAUCCCGUUCAUGUUCACACCUUCUCCGUCACUGAGACCCCGGGUGCAGUGUUUAGGCUGUGAACAAGCCCUCGCUGGACGCUGAAUUUGCUGAACCCAGGUGUUUGCAUUCUCCAGUGGCUGCAGGUUGGUGGAUUUCUGCAGGAAUCACCUGAUUUUUCCAUGGAGCAACAUCGAAUUUUCCUUUCCCCGGAGCUGUGGCUGGUGACAGGGAGUGAGCCAAGCGGCUGAAGGCAUCGCAGCCUUGGAUGGUUCCAGUGUUUGGUUCCUUGUUGAUCUCGGUUUGUUCGCAGUGGCUUGUAAUCUUGCCUAAAUCAGACAAUCGGCAGCUAAAACGUUAUUAUUGUUUAGGGCACUCGCCUGGCAAGCGACACACCUGGAUUCGAUUCCAGGCAGAGGGUG